AUGGAUUUGAUCCUAAAAAGGCAUGUUAAAGAAAUAAAUAUCUUAUGCCGUGGUAAAACAUUCUCCUUGAAAAAUCUCUGGGGUCCACAUAAGUUUCGCUCAUUAUUUAAAUUAUAUAAUUUAAUCACAUCACCUGAUCGUUCGGGUCACCCGGAUCAAGAAAAUUCAAAAUAUCAUCUAUUUAUUAUAAUUGACAAUGACUUAGGCGAACAACUGCUUGAAUCUGUAGAAAUUGAAAGUGAUACGGAUGACGAUAACAACAAUAUACAGUAUAAAACAAAUGAAAUAAAAGUAGAAGAAUGUAAUUCUACAUAUAAUGAUAUAUCUCAAAUUCGUUUACAAGUUCUCUUGUCUGGUAUAUCUAAUGAUGAUAUUCAAGAAAUAUGGCAAGUUUCCUAUAUUACACUUCAUCAAGACCUGACUCUUAAGGAUGCAACAUCACUUUGUACCUGUGAUUUAGGAUUAAGUAAAUCUGCUACUGAAGCUGCCGAUAAUGAAACUUAUGGAAUUAUUCCUUAUGUGGCCCCAGAGGUUCUUCAAGGGCAAAAAUAUACUAAAAAAUCAGAUAUUUAUAGUUUUGGUAUGAUUAUGUGGGAAUGUAUGACAGGCAGAAGACCUUUUUGGGAUUGUGCUCAUGAUACUGAGCUGAUUCUUGAUAUUUGUGAUGGCUUACGUCCUCCAAUUGGUGAUAUUGCAGCACCUGAAGGUUAUAUUGAGCUAAUGAAAAAAUGUUGGGACCCUAACCCAAAUAAAAGGCUAGCUACUU